UUCCAUUAGUCAGGCGACAACGUGAAUAAAUGAAGCUUGUUUGCCGCAAUGGAGGCGAUUGUGUGGUGAGAUAGACAAGUUUCUCCUCACACUGUGUAGUUUGUAGAGAUUUUUGCCUCCGGCUAAUUUAGCUGGCCACCCCACCUAGCGGUUGGUAAGGGUAAUGCUAGUACACCUGCCUAGUACUGGCGCGCCCCCUGCUGGACGAGACAAUGUGUGACACUUAUUGAAUGGCUCGGCCGACGCCGCGUGGAGCAUGGAUUUGCAGUACAAAUGCAUCUACAAGUUUUGGCUCAGUGUGCAGGUGUGAGCACUUGGCAAUCUGUGGCCUUUGCGUUCGACUCAGUGAGACUCCUGAAUCCUCCAGAGGAGCCUCUUCCGGAUCACCCCCGUCUUGAAGUUUUCUAUUCCUGCGACGCACCUGCCACCGUGCAACUAGACUGUGUGGUGACCUUUGACGUGGGCGACAUAUCCACCUCCCUGCUGAGGCAAUGGGGGUGCGUCCCCGGAAAGCCCAAGAAAAGGACCCUCCGGCUGACCCUGCCUGAUUGGUUGGUUUAUCAACCGGACGGAAUAGUUGCAGUUUCUAAUUGGGCGUUGAGCUGCAUCCUUCGAGCGUCAGUCAGGUACGAGAGAGUCGGCGAGCGGGCGGUCGCGGCUGAGGAUGUGGCCACAUUGCAGCCUCGGCCUCCGUACAGUCGGCCUGUUAAGCAGCAUCAGGUAUGCUUUGCUUGGGGUUCGCUCAUGCUGCAAUUCAGCCGGGACAUUACCAAGAAACAGUGCCCGCGGGAGGAAGAAACGGUCCAUUUCCUGUCCUCAAUAUUUGCCUCCACUGGGGAAGUAUUCGGCAUCACGAAGACUCUCCGUCCGUACGGCAGCAACGUCCUGGAGUAUCUGCGCGUCCGCUCCUUCUCUUCCCCGUGGUGCGUGUUCUCCAUGUGGGUGUUUGUGGCGAGGGGCUGCCAGGACAGCGCAUGUGGCCUUCUCCACCACAUUGACUCUCUCAACGACUACGCCACGCCCACGCUGCUGCUCACUACAUCAGGUCAUCUGCACAUCCAACUCCACGGCAGUUCGAACGCGUCCACCGCCAUCCUCUCUCAUUUUAAGGUGCCUUUGAGGGAGUGGUGUCAGCUCAGUGUGAAGCUGCAAGGCAAAACAGUGACUGUCACCAUGGUCCGCUUGGGCGAGGAGUCCAGAGCAGUGGAGUCAACAACGAACAGGUUGAGCCAUGACAUCACGCUGAUCGACACUGAUGGCUACUUUGUGAUCGGAGGUGGGCGAUACAUAAAAGGUGUGGAAGGUUAUUUUGGACCAUUGGUUUACUACCGAAACAGAGCAUCCACUGAAAGACCGUCAGAAGUUGUUAUUCCAGACGUCAUUAAGGAUGUGAACCUCACCGGAUGGCUGCAAACCUGCCAAGAGGUGUCUCUUAAUAUAAGGCAAAGCAUCGAUUUCUACUCUCUUCUAGCUCAGCAAGGCGACAAGUCUGGCAUUGAGGUUUUCAGUAACGGGACGCGCAAGGACUCAUUGAAGAAGUGUGAGCUGUGGGAUGCUGCGGGUCAUCGUUUUGGUGCUAGAGUUGCCAAAUAUUUGGCUCUCAAACAUGGAGGAAGAGGGCUCAGCCUGCAAGUGGUGGGCAGAGCGCUGUACUCUCUAGCUCGUCACAAACUAAACCGAGCGAGCAACAUGAAAGUGCUCGGCAAAAUAUUACCUCUGCUGCUGCAAGCCGGCUGCUUAGGUGACACUCGGGCUCUGCACAUGUCGGCGGUCGUCUACAGUGCAGGCCUUGGGGUGGAAAAAGAGCCGAGUAAGGCGUGGCUGUUGGCCCUUUUGGCUGCACAGAAGGACGAUCGAUUUGCUCUCCUGCACCUGGGCCACCUGCACCACCACGGCCAACACGGAGUCCUCGCUGACCCAGAUGUGGCCUACGCUUACUACGCAAACAUCGCCCAACAGACCACUAUAGACCGGCUAAAUCCCUCGCCAGAGCAGGUGUAUGUUGAGGAGAUUUACUUGCACAAUGAAGAGGUCCUAGAGCUUCAAACCAAUGAAAACCACCACAUCUUCCAGUGGCUGAAACAUCAGGCACACAAAGGUGCACCUGAUGCAGAGCAAGCCGUUGCCCGCAUGCUGUUCUGGGGUCAGCAGGGAGUGUCUCCCAACAUCCAGGCGGCCCUGAGGCACUACGAGAGAGGGGCGGUGCUGUUGGAGGACCCGGCAUCCAUGUAUGAUUUUGGAAUCACACUCCUGCAGGGGCACGGUGUCAAAAAAGACAUUCCAAAAGCAAUCAUGUUUUUGAAGAAAGCAAUGGACAAGGGUUUCGUCCCUGCCAUUAGUGCCCUGGCAUGGUACUACGAACAGUCUGAGGGAGACUACAACAAGGCUGUGCAGCUCUGGGAGAAAGCCGACCUCCUCGGGAGCCCAGAUGCGGCUUUGAACCUCGGUGUUGUGUACUCACUCGGUCUUUACCCACAACAAGCCGCUGACCAGUACAUGGCCUACAAGUACUAUCUUAAGGCAGCAGAGCGAGGACACAUCAGAGGUGCGGCUGAGGUCGCCAACAUCUGGUCCACAGGGAUUCCCGGUCACGUCACUCGGCGUCCGUCAGAUGCUGUCUUAUGGGGAAAGUGGGCAGCGGAGCAAAAUGGACACCUGGGUCGCCUGUUGAGGCGAGCUCUGGACUGCUUCCUGAAGAGUGACAUGUUUGGCUCGUUGGUGUAUUACAUGACGGCUGCAGAGCUGGGAUACGCAGCAGCACAGUUCAACGUGGCUUAUCUGUGUGAUCAAAACAAGGGGGAUUUUCUGGAUCCUGCCUUUGCAUUGAAUUGCAUGCAAAUGUUUUACAACCUAACCAUCCAGAACCCGAAACACGAGCCUUACGCUUUGAUCCGAAUGGGUGACAUGUGGUACGAGGGCCAGGUUGACGGGCAGAAACGACUGUAUUCUGCAGCAGAGAUGUACAAACAGGCAGCACUAAAGAAUGAACCACAGGGAUGGUACAACCUUGGGCUCCUCGUUGAAGAAGAUUACAGGCUGCCAUUGACUCUGCUGUCUGAACUGGGCCUUUUGGAGUUCUACUUCUCAGACAAAACUUCACUACGAAGUGUUUUGUACCAAAGAUGUCGAGAUUCUGAAAAUUCUGACUCCCACCUGCCCUGCAGCCUGGCUCUUUUUAAGUUGCAUCUGCAAGUCUUCCAGAAGGAAUAUAGCACUAUUAUUAAGUACGCCACCACCGUCACCGCCGUUGGAGCUCCCACCAUUGUUCUAAUCAUCCUAGGCCUCAUUAGAAGACGUGUCUUGCCUCCCAACUAGGAAAUUCUACCAGCAUCGGUGAAGUCUACAACAAUGAACAUAAAUACACUGUAUUUUUCUGAACAAAGACAUUUUGUAUAUGUUUAAAAAAGUAAUAAAGUCAGCAAAUACA